AUAAAUAUCCACCUCACUAAUUUGCCCUAUGCCAUAAAAAUCUUUAAAAAAAUAAAGCUCUUUAGUACACUUUGCAUUUUUCAGAAAAUGACACUUGAGUGAAUGAGCCAACCUCUAAGUAAGGCAGUCACUCCCACCUUUAAAUGUGAUCCUAGUGUCGGUGUUCCCUGACUGAGUUACACAAUCUGAUAAUCACUGUUAUUCCACGGUCUCUCUUACAAUAGGUCACCAUGUGACAUGGCUUUUACUGACAAUCUGCCCAGUCACAGCCUCACGGAUUCGCUGCUCGAACUCACUGUCUCAGUGGGUGUGUAUCUCUACCCGCCCAUCACAUGAUGAGCUCUCUUAGGCUGGUCAUGUGACAGGGAGCUGGGUUAGAACUCUGCUACUGUCAGGAUGGUUCGGCUAAGAAUGUUCUCAUCUCUCCUCCUGUUAGGGUAUAUUGUGGGCAGCCUGGCACAGGAUGUGCCCCCGGUGAGUUGGUCACUCUGCGCAUCCUGCUAUAGUGCAUACUUCCCAAAACAAGGCUCCCUUAACCCUUUCAGUGCCAGAUUGCCUUCCCCUAAUUGAGAGCAACGCUUAAUAUAAUAGGAUACUGGCUCUGCAGGGCUGAUAUUUAAUAUGUGUUCAUUUUUUACCAGUGAGAUCAUGCAGAAGUUGUAGGAAGAUAAAUAAGGUAACCAUUAUUUUGGCACAGAUUAACAUUCUAUAAUUAAUUUAAAAUGAUUAAAUUGCCCCCUUUCAGGACCACUGGGCUCAUUGCUGGUGGUGUUCUAUUGUAGGAGCACUUGGCUUGGAGAGACUCCUGGUGAUUGUGCCAUUGGUGCAUGUUUACAUAGCAGGUCUGCGUUAGUUAAUGUAACAUUCUUCCGGGUUAGGGAAUUGUAACCAGGAAAAUGACAGACUCUGUUGUGAUUUGUUGUUUUGUAUCGCCUUCGAUUGCUGUGUCAGUUUUAAGGUUCACUGGACAAAUGUGCCCAAAUAUGUAUCAUUUAUGGGGGGUAGGCGGCAGGCAGAGUUCUGAAUACAAUUGUCUGAAUACAUGCUGUACAUAGUGGUGGUGUUCACUUGUUUCUUUUAUUCAAGGAUUGGAUUGUAGAUCAUAUUGUUUUAGAUCACACUAAUAUUUUUGUAUAUUUUCAUUACACACGCACAUUAUUUGUUCAUAGAGAAAAUGUCAGAAUAAUUUACUUUUUUAACCCCAUCAUGAUCAUAUUUAAGAUAUUCGUUUAUAGUGACAUUUUUGACAUGUAGUGGGUCCUAUAGGGAUUAAAGAAACCGACAUUUGCAUUGAGGCAUAAUUGCAGAACAAGUAGAUUAGAAGGGGAGCAUUCUAUCUGUAAAUACUGGCCUCUGACAAUUCAGAGUCUGUUGCAAUACCCUAAUAAAAACAGUUCCCUUUUGAGAGGAUUCACUAUUCUCAGUUCUUAAUGGUCUAUGUAAACAAACCCUAAUGCACAGUGAAAUCGAAAACUACAGAGUUUAACCUUAAUAACCACAAAAAUUAAAUUCUAUUAGUUGUCAGGAAAGUAGAGCAUAUAGUUUAAGCAUUUUGUUGGUAAAAUUGGUCUGCAGCUAUUUUUUUUGCAGUUCCUAUUUUUCUGUUCCCCUGGACAAGAGUGAUGGUGAUGCUGAUUUAUUUAAACUGCAGUUGUCCUACUGUUUGUUAAUAGAUUGUUUGGAUAAUUGUUAUAGUGCUGUUAUAGAUUUAGCCCAAUCUACUCCAUAACUCUCUUGGUGGGUCAUCGCUAUGACCCAUAUUUGUCCUCUGUAAAUGAAACUUCCUCCUGAUAUUCUCCGAUUUAGGAAUCAGAAACCGUUACCUCUGUCUGCAGCCUGUGCAUAACUGGUGGUUUAGACGUUAAUAAGAUUUUAUUGUCCGCAAUUAAAUGCAAAACAUUACAGAAUCUUGAUCAUAGAAAACAUUUAAUUGCAGGGUACACAAGACAGACUUUGCAAAAUGUAAGGCAAAAGGCAUGGUACACGUACAAACUAGAGAAACUAAACAUAGAAAGAGAACAUUAUAAACUACAUUUCAAAUAGUUUAACAAGGUGCUGGUUUUGCAAAAAGACAUAAAAACCAAACUGACAGCACAAACGAAUGCUAUAUUUUUAUUCAUGUUUUAAAAACAAAGGGUGUCACCUUCACACAAAUGGUUCAGGGCUCAGGGCUUGAAAAAUACUAGGCGGCAGGCCGUCAUGACGACUAGGAAUUUUGUUCUGUCCCAAGGAUUUGUCAGCCCGUUCAACGGAGGCAGCAAAGGAGAAUGCAGUGCGGAAUGGAAGCAGCGAGGGAGCUGUAGUCUUCUUUCUCUGCUCCCUCUUGAGCUACAGUGAUGCAGGGAGUCGAUAUAUACGACAUCGCCCCAGCAUCACUAAAUGGCGGGAGAGGGAGCCUAGCAAGAAGAUGACAGAAGCUUCACUGGACCCCAGGGAAAGCUGAUCUACUGCAGCUCUCCCAAAAGGUAGAAAUUGGAAUUUUUUAAAAUUAUAAUAAUUUGAGUGUGUGAGAGAGUGAGUGUGUAUGUCAGUGUGUCAAAUCAGUGAGUGUUACUGUUUUGUUUAACGCCCCCCAUCUAAUCGCAUGGGAAAUGUGACUUUACUCACAUUUUUUCCAUCUCUGUGGCUGGCCACUCCUCCAUGGCUGACAUAAAUCUUGAUAAUCUCAGCCAAGCCAAUGCUUUCCUAUAGCAUUAAUCAGCAUCUCCUCAUAGAGAUGCAUUGAAUAAAUGCAUCUCUAAGGGAAACAUUCAAUAUCUGCAUGCAGAGCGGGUAGACACUGAACGUAAGUGGAAUCACCUCUGGUGGCCGUCUGAGUUACUGCCACUAGAGAUGUUACUUGGCAGCCAUGUAAACACUGCCUCUUCUCUGAAAAAUCUGUAUUUACAAUGAAAAGCCAUCAUGGAAAGGCUAUAGACACCAGAGCCACUACAUUAAUUAAGCUGUAAUUGUAUUUUAUGUCUCUGAAAAUGAUACUUGCUUUGUUUAAAAAAAAAAAAAAAAAAACUAACUUUAUGUUACCUGGCUCCUAGAUUUCAAGCAGAUUUGUCAAGCCCUACAUUAACUAGAGGUUUGCAUAUUAUCAUAGAACCAACAUUACCCUUUUCUUAAUAUUGUCUACAACUAAUGCAAUGGAUUGUGCAGAGAAUUCUCAGUAUUCAAAAGAAAGAUUUUAGGAAGUGUUCAAACAAUAUUGUCAACUUCUUGUUUCAGUACACAGAGGAUUGCAGAAGUGGAACGUAUCCUCCCAAUGGCCCAACGUAAGUUACAUAUGGAAAAUCAUUUUAUAACCUAAAUGUAGCAUCAAUCUGCUAUUGAAUUACUGCUUAAUAUUAUUUGUUUACUUUUCAAAGUGACACGCAACAAUGGUGCUUACAAAGUGCUGCUGUGCAGAGGAUACAAAUGAGGAGCUAAAUUAAUUCAUCAAUGAGGAUAUGUCAAGAUAAUCACUUUGAUUAAUUGAUUUUACUCUAACAAAAUAGAAGUGAAAUAAAACAAACCUUUCAGAGCAACACUUGUUAUGUAUUGUCCAAUAGCAGGUAGAAGUAAUGUUUUUGUGAAAAAGCUAUUAAGUACUUUAGUCUUUCAUGAAAAGCAUUAUUAUUUCUGCUUGCUGUAAAUGACUCAUUUUUGACCAUUUUGCCCAUUUAUCAGAAAACUACCUCAUUAAAGAGUCCUCUCUAACUGAUGUAAAUCUAGUCUAGGUAAACAUUCAGAGUCGCAGGUUCAGUUCCCUGUUCAAUAGACUCAGACUGACAUCUUUCCUUGGUCCCUAAAUACAGUUUGUUUAUUGUAACAUGCAUACCUUCAGGACAUGCGUGAACAUUAUUGAUAUAAUUCCCAAUUACAUGUGAUUAUUAUUCCUUAUACUUUUUUUUUUUAAAUACCGUAUAUACUCGAGUAUAAGUCGAACCGAAUAUAAGUCGAGACCCCUAAUUUUACCCCAAAAAACUGGGAAAACGUAUUUACUCAAGUAUAAGACCAGGGUGGGAAAUGCAGCAGCUACUGGUAAAUUUCUAAAUAAAAUUAGAUCCCCAAAAAAUUAUAUUAAUUGAAUAUUUAUUUACAGUGUGUGUAUAUAUAAUGAAUGCAGUGUGUGUGUGUAUGAAUGCAGUGUAUGAGUGCAGUGUGUGUAUGUGAUGCAGAGCCUUGGUGGGGGGUGGGCAUUUUUAUUAUAUUAUUAUUAUAUAUUAAUAUAUAUUUUUAUAUUAUUUUUUGUUAUUUUAUUUAAAUGUUUAUUUUUCUUCGUCCCCCAUGUGGUGUGCACUGUGCAGGAGGGGGGCUAGCAGGAAGCGUUUUCUUACCUUUCCUGCAGCUCCUGUCAGCUCCCUUCUCUCUCCUCCGGUCCGGUCAGCUCCCCUGUAAGUCUCGCGGUCUGAGUGCCGUGGCUCUCGCGAGACUUGCAGGGAAGCUGACCGGACCGGAGGAGACAGAAGGGAGCUGACAGAAGCUGCAGGAAAGGUAAUAAAAUGCUUCCUGCCAGCCCCCAACAGGACCGCCGGGCUUGUAAUGAGCCCGGCGGUCCUUGUCUGUAUUAUGGCAAUGUAAGUUGCCAUAAUACAGACACUCACUCGAGUAUAAGACGAGUGGGGGGUUUUCAGCACAAAAAAUGUGCCGAAAAACUCGUCUUAUAUUCGAGUAUAUACGGUAAGCACAUCAACAAAGUUAUUUCUCUUUUAUUUUAGGUUUCUAGGAAAUAUAGAAUGGUAUACUGUGAAUUUGGACCAAGCACCCCAUGAAAGAUGGCAAAAGUUGAUAAGUGACAAAAAGGCUCCAGUGAGUAUAUGAUCGUUUAAUCAUUGCCUGAAAUACUGAACACGAUUCUGCUCUUUAAUUCUAAAUUUCUUUCAUGAAUAACAAUUGAUUGUUGGCAGAAAUGACAGAUACGUUCAUGUAGUGGAUGUAGUUUUGCCUAAAUUGCAUAAGGCAUAUGAAUUUUUGUGUGUUAAGUUACUCUCAGUGUAGGAAUUUUUUUUAGAGAUAUUCAGAUAUUUUCUGGUUUCCAAGUGCAUACUGGGGGAUGUUACUUAUACCAAACUUAAUAGCACGCAUUUUAUUUACAUUAAGAGUCAGCCCUGCUGGGAAUUGAACCUAUGAGCACCAAGAGAUGAAAACUCUUCUGAUGAAGCAUUAGCCCACUGAGCAAUCUCACCACACUUGUUCGUUUCUUUUUCUUUAUAGCUGGCAAGUUUAUUACAAGCUAUUAAGAAUCUGGCUAAUGCCUUUUUCCCAAGUGGGAAACUUGUGGAGAUAGUGGACAAGGUGUUGGUAAGUACACAUCCUAUUUUAUUUAUUUAUUUAUUUUAAACAGUAAAAAUUGUGUUAAAGGCACAUUAGGUUAUCAUAAACCUUUUAUGCUAUAUGUGAUAGAACUUUAGAGUCCUGUUUACUGUGCAACUCACAAACUACAAACUUGAUUGGGGAUUUUAAAAUGUCUCAAACACCACAAUUGAGCAGUUAUUCAGUUAAAGGAUCAUUUUGUACGCCACCACAAGUUUUCAUGAUUGCAAAGGAGGUGGCGCAUAGAGCACCCUAUUCUCACCUCUGAGAAUGAAUUUGAACUACAGCAAUUUGUAAGACCACUUUAGGGCCUCCCCUCAUCACUGUCAGUCAGUGUCUUUUUUGUUCAAGCUUUGCAUGUGAAAUGGUGCACAUAGCCUGGUUCACUAAACGGAGAACCAGACUUUGUGUGAACAGAUAGCAGCCAUUGAAUGGCUGCUAUCAGCAUACAGAGCAAUUUAUCGCUUUGUAAGCGAUGGAUCAUUUAUUUUAUUAGCCCAUUGGAUAGGCUACAAUAUCCAUUUUUAGUAACAUUUAACAAAAAAAAUAAUUAUUUUUAAUUAAUUAUUAUUAUUUUUUCCUAUGAUUAUAGAAGUAUUUUUGUGUGUGUUGUAAGGGAAAAGGCCACAUUUUUCACUUCUCUUAUGAGGAAGGUCAUCGCCGUAACAGAAGAAUAAAAUAUUGACUUUUUUUUUUUUUGUGUAAUUAUCCAAACAUCUGUCUGUAAAUCUCCUAACUGGUAGUGAAGGCAGAAAGUAUCCUUUAUCUGGUUUACUUUUGUUUAAGUAGCUAAUAAUCUCCUAUUUGAAACCAUUAAAUACAAAGCAAUGCCUGUGCACUCAGUGAUGAAAAAUUGUACAGGGUUUAUUGCUAUAUCAGCCUGCUAGCCAGAAGAUAAGAUGUACUGCUGCUGAUUUAAGGGCUAGGUGUGCAAGUCUGCUUCUGAAUGGAGUCUUGUAGAUAAUAAAAUGCAACGGGUAGCUAAAGCAUGUAUUCAAUUAACUUUAUUCCCCAUGACAUUCAGCAGCCUGAAGGAAAUAUAAUUAUUCAAUGGAUACUACAUUCCCCAGAACCACUACAGCUCAAUGUAGGGGUUCUGGGGCAUAUAGAGCCUGUCCCUGCACAGUUAGCAUUGUGAACACUGCCUUUAUGGAGAAAAGGCUGCGUUUACACUGCUGCCUAAGUCCACCUCUAGUGGCUGUCACUCAACCAACCACUAGAGGGACUGCCUGGAUGAGAUCCUGCAGUCUUUGCAGUUCCUACAUAUUCAGCAUGGAGUUACUGAACACUCCACAUAAAGAUGCAGAUCACAGAGCAACGAUUUGCUGCACUUGCUCACUAGCCUCCCAAUGUGUCUCUAUGGGGAUCAUCAAGAUUCACAAUCUCAGCCCGGGAGAUGGGCCCGGUAGCAUGGAGACUGGCGAGGCAUGAGCUAAAAGGUAUUUAAAUCUUAAUUAUUAACAAUCACAGUUUUAUAGCAUUAGGAGGUCGCUAUAGUUUUCCUUUAACAUAUGCAGUGCCAAGGCCAGACACUACUGUCAGGAAUCCUAUAAGUUGCUAACGAUCCACUAACACCAAAAUGUCUCUUACGUUUAGCUUAACUUUUUAUUAUUAUUAUUUUGUUUUACACUGUUCUCUGGUACAGUCCUAUAAAAAAAAAUAUUUGAUGGAAACAACAAAUGAGGUUGGUGCACCUUUCCAUGACUGGUUCACUCAUUGAAUCCAUUUAUAAUGGCUUUUGUCAGUUAAACAGUUUAUUUUGAAGUUUGAAAACUACAGGAAAUAGGCUUCUGAUUUUUUUUUUUUUUUUAGUAAAAAUUAUUUUUCUGCAUCUUUUGUCCAUUUGGUAAUAAAGGUCCAACAUUCCUUAUUAGAAUGAUUUUUAUAAAAACUGAAUUGACUCGCCUAAUCUUGCCAUGUUAGAAACUCUUAACUUCUUACGAUGUACAAGUACUGGUCUCAGAACAAAUGGAUGUUUGUUGCGAAUUGUAUGGAUACAUUUUACAUUGGUGACUAAUGUAUAGUCUGUGCAAAUUGCUGUUCAAAUAAUUCCUAUAAAUGAGAGCUCUUCACAUAACAGAAUCUGUAUGUUAAAGUGCACAUUAACAGCGCUCUCUACACAGGUUAGAUUAUGGCCAAGCAUGGUGCACUUCACGCUGUGUUUAAAUAAAUCUCACUGAAGAACCCUUCAUAUAUCAAUGCUUGAACUUUGCUUUUGUAUUCCAGCCUUCGCUAAUUGGAACACUGCCGUAUCCCUAUGGAGACGAAAUUAAAGGUAUUGCUGAUGCUGCUGGGUUGCCAUUAGGUAUGUCUUUUCUUUUUGCAUCAGGUAUCUGACAUAUUACUAUGAAACACUUUUUAAAAAGUAAAUAUUAUAAAAUUAAAGCAGUUAAUAGGAAUAUCCCUCUGAUUUUCAUGGCGACUGCACCACUUUUCAAUCCCUGCUUGAGUUUUAACCCUAAUCUCUAUAUCAGAUGUAUCAGAGUAGAUAUACCAUCUGGUAUCAAUAUUUGUAUUACUCUAAAGUGAUUUAAAUGGUUUCCCUCUUGCAUCAUCACACAUAACAGUAUUCUUAAAGGGGUGGUGUAGGCACUAAACCACUGUAUGCCAUUGUAGUGAUUUUGGUGCUUGAAGGCUGGGGGCAUUGUCCCCCGUUCUGGUCAAACUCUUUUCAAACUGUUUGAUCAAAAACAAUGAGGUUUCUUGAGGAAACAUUGAUGAAGUCAGUAUUACAAAUAAAAAAGUGAAAUAAUGGUUUAGCUAUUAUUUCACUGAUCGGGAAUAAUUCCCUGGUAUCUUACGAUAUAGGAUGGCGGGAUAUAUCCCCACAUACAGUGGGACCUCAGUUGACGAAUUUAAUGCGUUCUCCGGGACGUUUCUUAUUGCGAAAAAUUUGUAAACCGAAACGCGGUUUCCUAUAGGAAUGCAGUGAAAGCCAAUUAAUCCUUUCUGGAGGUCAGAAAAAAGUCAAAAUAAUCUGGCAUGGGAACCAACCCACAAUGCAGAACACACAGUAAAAGGCAUGCAAACGACGAAGCUCAGCUCCCUACCUUUCCACAGCUUGAGAAAUGCACCAAAAAGUCCCAAAACCCCUGCAAACAAUUUCCAGAAUGGCUCCAAAACUCGAUGCAAAAGCCGCUCCAAUGCCUCCACACUCGAUGCCACGUGCUACCCACAGGCUCCAGCAUGCAGGGGGCGGUGCUAUAAACCUCCCAGGUGCAAUGCAUCCUGGGAAAACUUGCUUUGUAUUGCGAAAACAAUUUGUAAACCAAGGCAUUAUUUUCAAUGGAUUUUCAUUUGUAAACCGAAAAUUGUUAACCGAGGCAUUUGUAAACCGAGGUCCCACUGUAUUGGUAUAUUGUUGGUCCCAUCAAAGCCAGGAGACUUGCGAGGUAUGCUUUUAUAUUCAAAUGCAUUUUCAUACCUAUCUUUAAAAAAUGUGAAAAAACCACAUACAUUGCACACAUAUCUUGGUGGGUGAAGAAAAUGUGUAACUUUUUGACUGGUCAUGACUUAACUUAGGAAAUGCAAGCUUUUACAUUUAAUGUACCAAAGAUUAGUCUACACGGAUAUCUGCUGUGGACUUUAAUAGCUAGCCAGUCAGUGGUGAAGUUUUGUAUAUAUGACCUGAAUGUCUAGUUUACGUGUAUUGAAGUGGUGAUGUUUAUGCAGGUAUUCUAAUGUAAAUUACAUUUCCGUAAAUAGGCCCAACAAAGCCCUUAAUCCUGCGCUAGUAAUACACACAUGUCCAACUACUGACAUUCUUCUUGGAAUACAGGACCUAAACUUUUUAUAAUCUGAUUUUGUCACAUUCUUCAAUUCUUUAUUUUUAUUUUCAUUGGCAUUUAUAAAGCACAAACAUGCUCUGCAGCAUUUUUCAAUGUUAAUAUGGGCAUAUAAUGGCAAAUAAGAAGCUAUUAAGACUGUUAUAGAAAACCCUGCUCCCACAAGCUUGCAAUAGAAAAGAAAAAUGUGGAAAUCCACUCUGAGCAUCCCAGAAGCAAUAAAUGUGUCUCCAACUAAAGCAAUUAUUUAAAGGUUAUUUUUUGUUUUUGGAGAGACUGCAUGCGUCAUUAUUCCCUCUCCUGUAAUAUCCCUCUCUGUUUUGGUAGCCAUUGCUAGUUUUAGAGGACCAUGGUGUUAUGGGCCAUUCCUUUACUUAUCUUGUGAGGGAGUCUGUGUUAUGUUGCUAAUUAUAGGAUUUGUUAGCGCAAUGUGGUAUGCCUUGAAAUACUAAAAUACCUUUUUUUGUAUUAAGUCUUCUAUGUUUUGCUCUUUUUAGGGGAAAUCCUGAUGUAUAAUAUAUUUUAUGAAAUCUUCACGGUGUGUACUUCAGUGGUGGCAGAAGAUACAUCUGGUAAUGGCAAUUUACUUCUAAUAAUGGAAUUUUUCUCUCAUUAGGGUGCUGUGUGAUAUUAUUUUUCUUUUUUAUAUUCUUCUUUUUCUUUACUUUUCUUGUAAAGCUUAUAUCUAACUUAGAUCUUUUUCACGACUAGGAAAGCUAUAUCAUGCCAGAAAUCUUGAUUUUGGAUUGUUUCUUGGGUAAGUCAAUGUAUAUUUCUGUUUGCUUAUUUGAUUGGUUUUUUUAAGAAUAACAAAAUAAGCUAUAAAUUUACGCAUUUGGCUGUUUAAAAAAAAUAAAAUAAAAUUAAAAAUAAAUUUAAAAAAAUCGGCCACGCAAGGGUAAAAUGUUUGGCCAUCAGUUCACUAGAUUGAGGGGGGAGUUUGUUUGUGUACAUCUGGUGAUUUUUUUUUUUCUUGUUCAACUUGAUAUUGCAGAAAUUAUUGACUUUUUUUUUUUCUGUUUCAUACUUUAUGUUGUCAUUUUAGCUGGGAUGUGAAGAACCACACCUGGGCGGUCACAGAACUAUUGAGACCAUUGGUUGUAAACGUGAAGUUCCAAAGAAAUAAUAAAACCGUUUUUGUGUCUACAAGUUUUGCGGGCUAUGUGGGGAUGUUAACUGGAAUGAAACCUGUAAGUAUAUAGCAGGCCUACUGGUCUACCAACAUCUGCCCAUGCUCCAUUUUUUGGAGUUGUUAUUUGUAAAGAGUUUAAAGAGACACUAUAGUCACCAGAACAACUACAGCUUAUUGUAGUUGUUCUGAGGAAUAUAGUAUGUCACUAUAGGAGGCAGAUCAUGGGUGGGGCCAGCAGAUACACACUGCGCUGGAAUAAAGGUAAGAUUUUAAUAGUUUUUAAGGAGAGCAAGGGACCUAAACUGCAUUUUUGACACUAUGGGGGUCAGGAAUACACGUUUCUGUUCCUGACCCUAUAUUGUUCCCUUAGUGAAAAAUGUAUCCACAGGCAUCAGUGUGCGUAUGAAGUGGUAUUUAACUCUCGAAACUGAGAAUUGCAAUGUUUGUGACUUGGCAAGCAUAUAGUCCUCUAAUGAGCUUUUUCUUGUUGUGUAAUUUGAAUAAAGUAAGCCAAAAUACUAAGCAAUGCACCUACCAUUUUUUAUCAUGAAAUGAUCUGUCAAAAUGUGAGAUGUCAAUACAUUCAUACAGCUGUGCUAUAAAUAAAUUGUUUCUAUUUAUAGAAUAAUAAAUGCUUUGUGGUACGUCAUUAAUGUCCUGUUUUUUAUCAAAUGUUUACGUAAUGCCUACCAUAGUGUGCAUAAUAGACAUUAGUGCCUCGCAUUGGAUUAUAUAUUAACCUAUACCUCUUCUAGGGCAUCUUCACUCUUACGAUGAAUGAGCGUUACAGUCUGGAUGGUGGCUACAUUGGUAAAUUUACUGUACCUUUCAUGUCAACUCUCUAAAUUCUCCCUCGGCCUCGGUUAUUGUUUUGUUGUACCCACCACAGACUAGGAUUGGCAUGUGGUGGGCUGUUGCUAAAAGCUUGACAAGAGAGGCAAACCAGCAAUGAGCUUAUUAGCUUCCCGAAUUGUGAAGUUCUUGGAACCAGUCUCAGAGAAUGUCAUUUACAGCCGAUCACAGCUGAUUGGCAGUUUGAUUACCUUGUCCUACUGUAUAAUUCGGCUAGACUUAGUAUCUGGUUUAGCUUAAGGCUCAGAAUUGGGGCUUUUGUGGAUUUUGUGCAAGAGUAAUUUAGGGAAAAUUGGCAGGUAGAUCUAGGAUUUAACCUUUUUUUGUCUUAUUGGAUUUUUUUUUUCCCUACUGAACCAUAUCGUGAAAUUAUAAACUUAGUAUAUGCAUAUGGGGCAGUAUUGUACCCAAGGGAUGUAACCAAAUAUUUUUGGGGAGGUGUUGUAAGAAGAAGGAGCCAUUAGUAUUAAUGAAAUUCACAGUGAAAAUACAGUGUGUAAAAUGUUUAGUUACAAAAAUAAAUAAAUUGAAGACGGCCACCAGAGGCACUUCCGGGUCAUUAGGCGACUUCUGAUCGCUUAACUGGCGCUGGACGUCCUCAGGCUUUGUCCAAGGUCAGCUAAAACUCCAUAGGAAAGCGUUGUUUCAAUGCUUGUCUAUGGGGUAGUCCUAAUGCGAUCGCGCUGCUUGUUGCGCUUGUAGUGUUUUACAAAAGUGAUUGGAAUCUUAGAUAAAGGAGGCAUUCAUAAAAUCUAAACAAAUCUAUGUUGAAGACUUAUUUUCUUUAGCUUCAUCAAUUAUGGAGAAAUUAUUGUAAGAAAAAUGGUGAAAAGAUUUCUUAAAUUGUUUUAAUAUUUCAUUCAUACUUAAAAUUGUUAUGAGGAAUCCCUAUUUGUCCUUUAAAACAAUCUACAUUACAUAAGGACAUACUUGAUACGGAAGUAUGGAAUUACAUUAGAAUAAAAGAAAAAGCAAAAAUGCCCAAAUAGUUUCAGUUGUUAAUGCAGAGACACUGAAAAACGCACAGUGGUAAAACAAUUACAGCCAGCCAUUUAUUUACUUCUAAAGCCUAAAAUGUUAGCUGUAUUUGUUGAUGUCUAAGACGUUCUUUAUCCCAGCUCUGUUUUAUUUUUAAAGGUGUGCUCGAGUGGAUUCUGGGAAAAAGAGAUGGGAUGUGGAUGAGUUUUCUUACAAGGAGUGUUCUGGAAAAUGGAACCAGGCAAGUAAAUGUAAUGCUAUAUUAAUUAGGGCAACAAAAUAAUAGCUACUGAUAGUAAGUAUAGACACUAAUGUCCCUGCAAUAAAAAAGAAAAUGAUACAAACUAUCAAUAAUGAUGCUGAGGGACUAGCCAGACCUAGACCCUUAUAUAUAGUUGUCAACCCCCCGCCUACCCCCUUCCCAAUCACACCCCUCCCCCCCUUGUCUGUUCAAGAUGUCAAUGCUAAAGAAUUAAAAAUAUAUAUAUCAAUAAUGAAAACCUUUCCUUAAUUCUAUAGAAAUUAAGUUAAAAUAAGAGAGGUGAUUAAAGCGAUGCUAGAGGGACCAGAAAUCGUUUCAUUAUUUAAUUGCAGUCGGUUUGUUAUGCAUCCGUGAUGAAUUUGUCUAAAGAGUGAUUCUAUGAUAGACUGCCAAAUGAGUAGCCAUUAGAAUACAUGGUAUAUUUGUUCCCUCAGUGACAGCUCUAGAAAUUCUGCUUAUGAAUAGCCCUUUUUGAAGUCCUUUAGGGAAACAAACUGGCAAUUUUUUAUUUAUUAUUUGUAUUGUGAUUGUUUUUUUUACCAGACAAAGUUACAUGUAAUGUAUUUCACAUAGGUCACAAUGUCAAUGUCUGCUAUUUGUAAAUAUAAUUUUUUUAUGUAUAUAUAUAUAUAUAUAUAUACACACACACACAUAUAUAUAUACACACACAGUCAGGUCCAUAAAUAUUGGGACAUCGACACAAUUCUAAUCUUUUUGGCUCUAUACACCACCACAAUGGAUUUGAAAUGAAAAAUGAACAAUGAACAGGAUGUGCUUUAACUGCAGACUUCCAGCUUUAAUUUGAGGGUAUUUACAUCCAAAUCAGGUGAACGGUGUAGGAAUUACAACAGUUUGUAUAUGUGCCUCCCACUUUUCAAGGGACCAAAAGUAAUGGGACAAUUGGCUGCUCAGCUGUUCCAUGGCCAGGUGUGUGUUAUUCCCAUUUACAAGGAGCAGAUAAAAGGUCCAGAGUUCAUUUCAAGUGUGCUAUUUGCAUUUGGAAUCUGUUGCUGUCAACUCUCAAUAUGAGAUCCAAAGAGCUGUCACUAUCAGUGAAGCAAGCCAUCAUUAGGCUGAAAAAACAAAACAAACCCAUCAGAGAGAUAGCAAAAACAUUAGGUGUUGCCAAAUCAACUGUUUGGAACAUCCUUAAAAAGAAAGAACGCACCGGUGAGCUCAGCAACACCAAAAGACCCGGAAGACCACGGAAAACAACUGUGGUGGAUGACUGAAGAAUUCUUUCCCUGGUGAAGAAAACACCCUUCACAACAGUUGGCCAGAUCAAGAACACUCUCCAGGAGGUAGGUGUAUGUGUGUCAAAGUCAACAAUCAAGAGAAGACUUCACCAGAGUGAAUACAGAGGGUUCACCACAAGAUGUAAACCAUUGGUGAGCCUCAAAAACAGGAAGGCCAGAUUAGAGUUUGCCAAACAACAUCUAAAAAAGCCUUCACAGUUCUGGAACAACAUCCUAUGGACAGAUGAGACCAAGAUCAACUUGUACCAGAGUGAUGGGAAGAGAAGAGUAUGGAGAAGGAAAGGAACUGCUCAUGAUCCAAAGCAUACCACCUCAUCAGUGAAGCAUGGUGGUGGUAUUGUCAUGGCGUGGGCAUGUAUGGCUGCCAAUGGAACUGGUUCUCUUGUAUUUAUUGAUGAUGUGACUGCUGACAAAAGCAGAAGGAUGAAUUCUGAAGUGUUUCGGGCAAUAUUAUCUGCUCAUAUUCAGCCAAAUGCUUCAGAACUCAUUGGACGGCGCUUCACAGUGCAGAUGGACAAUGACCCGAAGCAUACUGCAAAAGCAACCAAAGGGUUUUUUAAGGGAAAGUAGUGGAAUGUUAUGCAAUGGCCAAGUCAAUCACCUGACCUGAAUCAGAUUGAGCGUGCACUUGAUGAAGACAAAACUGAAGGGAAAAUGCCCCGAGAACAAGCAGGAACUGAAGACAGUUGCAGUAGACGCCUGGCAGAGCAUCACCAGGGAUGAAACCCAGCGUCUGGUGAUGUCUAUGCGUUCCAGACUUCAGGUUGUAAUUGACUGCAAAGGAUUUGCAACCAUGUAUUAAAAAGUGAAAGUUUGAUUUAUGACUGUUAAUCUGCCCCAUUACUUUUAGUCCCUUAAAAAGUGGGAGGCACAUAAACAAACUGUUGUAAUUCCUACACCGUUCACCUAGUUUGGAUAUAGAUACCCUCAAAUGAAAGCUGAAAGUCCGCAGUUAAAGCACAUCUUGUUUGUUUCAUUUCAAACCCAUUGUGUUGGUGUAUAGAGCCAAAAAAAUUAGAAUUGUGUAGAUGCCCCAAUAUUUAUGGACCUGACUGUGUGUGUAUAUUUUUUUUUUUAUAUAUAUAUAUAUAUAUAUAUUAUUUUUUAUUUUAUUAUUAUUAUAUUGGGCUAAUUGUGUACAUUUGAAGGGGAAAGAUGCUGAAAUGCUGUGAAUUCAUUAUGUUACAGUCAUCCACAAUGUCUACUAUGAUUCCUAAGGGAAUAUCCCUGUGCUAUACAGCAGUCCGUGCUAAACCUGACACAGAUUUAGCAAUGACUGCUUUAUAGUAUAAUCUUACUAUAUAAUUUUUUUAUAUGCACUAAAUAAAAUUAUAAAACACAACACUUUUGUUGUUGCCCCCAUUUUUCAUGAGCUGAACUCAAAGAUCUAAGACUUUUUCUAUGUACACAAGAGGCCGAUUUCUCUCAAAUAAUCACAAAUCUGUGUUAGUGAGCACCUCUCCUUUGCCACAGGUGUGGCAUAUCAAGAUGCUGAUUAGACAUGCUGAUUUUGGUUUAUUUGUUUGCAGUUAUGAAGAAAGCAAAACUCUUCUAUCAAAAACAAAAAUUCUUGCUCCAGCAUAUUUUAUAUUGGGAGGAAAUAAAUCCGGAGAGGCCUGUGUUAUCACUCGUGCUAGAGAUUCCUGCCUUGAUAUCUGGGAGUGAGUAUUCACAUGCUUAUUUAACCUACAGUCACUUGUGUGAUGUCCUGUCCCUGAUAAUAAUGAGUCUGUUUAUGUUUAAGUCUGGAUAUUCCAAAAGGAAGAUGGUAUGUUCUGGAGACAAACUAUGAUCACUGGAAGGCUCCUCUGCCUGUUGAUGACCGAAGAACACCAGCAAUGAAAUGUUUGAAUAAAACUGGCCAAAAGGUAUAUCUUUAAACAAGGAAAUCGUUGGGAUCUUAAAAUAUUGUAGCCUACUUAUGUGUUUGGUGUUAUUACUCCUGCUAGAAGUCAGUUUUAACGUUUUGCCCUGUUUUGUUUUAGAAGCAUGGUGGAUAGACUUUAUUUAAUUCUCAAAAGUAGAUUGUUCUCCGGUUACUGGGUAUAUUUACAUAAAAUAUUAGCACUAGCUAUUUAGCAUUUGGUGGUUGGGAUUCAAGUAUUGGCAAUGUAUUAAGGAUGACUACUGCUAAAUACUCAUUAUGCAGGGCUGCAGACUAUGUUGGCGCUUCUUAAUUAUUACAAAUAUACACACAAUACGCAUUACAGAUAACAGACAGGCAAUAGAGCUGUAGUGAUAGUAAUAAUACAGUACUUUAUAAGACAUAAUGUAGUGUUAGUAACGUCAAGGGAAUACACUAAUUGAAUAUCAUAUGGAGGCGGGGCCUAACUGCCAAUCAAGCAAGAUAUCGGCUGCAAAUCCAAGUUAAGCCUAAAUCUUGAGAAUUAUUGCUAUUCUCAGCGAUUAUCCUACUACGCUUUGCUUAACCCCUUAAGGACCAAACUUCUGGAAUAAAAGGGAAUCAUGACAUGUCACACAUGUCAUGUGUCCUUAAGGGGUUAAAGAGGACCUGGAUACGUUUGGACUGCUAUUUGGUCUAGAUUUAUCAAGUGCUCCUCUGAAUUUAUCGUGUUGCAGUCUAUCAACCUGCAUGAGACGGUGGAACCAGCCCACCCCCCGCUCUUACACAACAUGAGCACUGCAUAAAGUCCUGUCUUGCACCAUAUUAUAUCUGAGGCCUAUCUGAAAAUUGGGUGGAUACAUUUAUUAUGACUUUUAAUGAUCUGUGCGACAGAUUUUGGGCACAGCUAGAGCAGUAAGCUCUCACCAGGAAGUGGACAGAUGGCGCUUUGUCUUCGGCUAUUUACCUACUCUCAGGUCCCUAAGCUGCCGCGCUUUCGUUGCCACUUACCUAGACUGUGGGCCUUUUGGUGGGAGACCACCUCCACAUGGUCCACACUUAUAUUGGGACUCUACUCAGACUCCGAUUUUGGUGCUUGUGCAUAUAUAUUUGUGGUAUACAAUGUUACUGAGAAAUUAUUGCAUUAUAGUGAUAUAACUCUUGUGAUAGGAGAACAAAAAAAAUGCAAUAUAAUUUAAUGAAGCACAAACGCAUCUCCAUGUUCUGCAGUGAGUUCUAAAGUAAUUUCCAUUUUUGGGGUACAGGUUUUGACAAGGUCUCACACUCAAACCUGUGAUUAUUUUUACAGAGCGUUUCAUUUGCGACUAUUUAUGACAUGCUGUCAACCAAACCCGUCCUCAACAAGGUAAGCUUUUACAUAUAUUUUUAUCGAAGGUCUUUAUAGUUUAAAUGGUAAUUAGUAUCAGGUUGUAUCCCUGUGUUAUACAAUAUCCUGCAUACUUUAUAUAGGCCUAAAUAGCCAGCAUGUAGUUAUACGACCUUUAUUUUUGUCCGUGUCUGUGAGCCCCGUGUUUCUUUCAUCUUUCUAGUUACCGCAGCUACUCAAAUCUGGUAAGGGGGUUAUUUGCUAAACUCAGAAUUGUAAAGAAUUGAAACUAAAUUGCAACAUGUUGGCAAAAGUGCAAACAUUAUUUUAGCUGGAAUUUUGCUAAUUUAUUUUCACUUCUCUACAGUUCAAUUUUUUGUGUAUAAACCCCUAGAUGGGGAAUUAUCAAUAAUUACAAACUCCACUUCCAAAUAUCAUACAAAAAUCGCUGAACUGGAAAAAAAAAAAUCAAGUCAUCUGUUUUGAGUUCAGCUCUUUUGAACUAAAACAUAAAAUUUAAUUUUGAAUUCCUGUCAGGUUACACUUUAGUAUCUUUUUAAGGUGACGCUCCAUUAGAGUCUUGCCAUGUCUGUUAAGGAGGUAAUACUGUCUUCUAGUGUGUAGUAAUAGCCACGGGUGUGUGCUUCCACCCAAAAGACAGUGCUUCCUGGAACACAGGCUCCUGUCACUCACUGAUUGGCCAGAACUCUUCUCCAGUCUUAUAAAGAGAGAGUUAAAAGUCUAGCCAGGAAGUAGCAAGUGAAACAAACAUUCUACAAAAGUCAAAAGGACACGCACAUUUUUUUCUGACACUGCCAAGUUCUAAGCAGUGUUUCCCUUAGAAACAUUCUCCUUCAGGUCUAUAAAUCGCUCCCAGACAUUUUUAAAUGGAAUAACAAAUAAUGAUCCUCAAAUGUGGAGGAACUUAUUAAGCAACCAUAUUCAUGACCAUGCUCUGUUUUGUUAUCUGUAGCUUACUACAUAUACUACACUGAUGUCUGUUUCUGAAAACACACUUGAAGCAUACCUACGGAACUGUCCAAGUCCCUGCGUGCCUUGGUGAAUGGGACAACAUAUUGAUUGUAUUCCAAAGAAGAAAUGGGUGGAGAAGCAUUGCUCUUGUAUGAUCUCACGGAGAAGGUCUUGAUGCCGUCAGUGACCCCUCACCAUAUUGUUAAUGGUUUUUAUUGUGAAGGUUCCUAACCUGAUGAUUGUAUUGAAUAUGGCUACAUGAAUUCCUCUCUGUAGAAUACCCUCCCUUGGCUUUACAAAUUGCACUUUAACUUUAAAAUGGAUGUAAAGUAUAUUUGUAUUAUACGGUCUGUUGAUUAGUUACUAUGACAGGGAGAUUACUUUUCUAAUGUUUUGUACUAGUAGCAUAACAUCAACAAGGAACACAAAAAAUAUUUUAUACAACUAGAUGGCUGGCUGUGUCCCCAAAUAGCACUCACUGAACAUUUGUUGACAAGUCAUUUAAUUUACUAACUUAGAACACAAAUGUGUUCUUGUUUUUUUAAAUCUGAUGCAAAAUAAUGAGCUAUUUGUGGUACUUGAUGACAACUUUAUAAAGUUUCUACUGAAUAAAAUAAAAGGGCAUCCUUCAAUCAGCUCUAUAACUAUUAACCUUGCUGACUUCUUAUGGUCUCCUAAGCCACUCAAUAUUUACUGUUGAUUCCCGGAUUAUUCUCCUCUGCACUUUGUAGGGUGUGUGCGUCUUAUCAUGAUCAUUCACCAGUCAGCUUGGGUGCAUUUCCUUCGCUGUCGGGUCCUGAGAAAGUUAGGGCUAGGAGGAGGUGAAUAAGAACUUGAUAGCCAAUGACAAAAGUUGACAAAUGACAUGGAGCCUGACUAAAGCCCGACCAUUUGUCAGCUUUUCUCCGCAUGCUGUUUCUUCUUAAGGAAAAUAAGUCCUUACUUUUCAUUUUGUAUAAUUUGAAAAAACAAUCUGGGCUCCAUUAUGCAGCACUACACAUGAGAAAAAGGGACCGAGCUGCUUUAAUUAAAAAGGAAAUCAUACUGAGUGCAGUAAUCAGAUGUUAGAUUAAGUGGCGCUGUCAUGCCAAACCUACCUUUCUUUUCUUUAAAACAUAAGAUAAAGUAGGGACUACUCUGUCAUAUGUAUUUUUCCUACGCUUGACUUUCUCUGACCCAAGUCAGCUCCAUUUCUUGUGUCAGAGAUAGUACUUGCCCUUCUCCUUGACACAGGAAAUAGAGCUGACUUAAACUCCUCCUUUGGUCAAAAGAAAGUCGAGCGUAGGAAAAAUACAUACGACAAAAUAGUCCCUACUUUGUCAUAUAUUUUAAAGAAAGCUAGAUCAGAAAUCAAGAAAAGAAUAACAGAUUCUGAGAGAGGAAGAGAAGAGGAAACAAUAGGAGAAAGAGACGUUUGGCGUGACAGUGUCGUUUUAGUCACUAGUUUUCUAGCUUAGAUUUUUCCCAAGCCAUCCACGGCUGCUAAUAUACCCAAAUAUGCCGGGCUUUGAUUAGCUCUUUGAUUUGUAUUGUAGUUAAUCCUAUGUCUCCAGCUUCUAGUAUUUUAAUAAUUACUCCAUCAUCGUAUCUCUAUCUUUACAGCCUUCAGCCUGUUGUGUAGUUUUUUUAGGUGACAUCUCAUUACCCUAAAUGUUCAUAAAUACCACUGUAAUGGCACCCUCUUAUCAGACAUAUGAUUACAUGUUCUUCAUUGUUUCUACUACAUUAUUUAAAAAAAAAAAAAAAUUAAAAAAAAAAAACAGUGGCUGUUCUAGCCAUAUGAGUAGCUUUUUUGACUAAUUACUAUUUAUAUAUUGUACUAUUCUAUUCUCGAUCAAGAAAUUGAUUGACAAAAAAGGUAAUCAAACCCCCAAACCAUCCUCCAAAUAUAUCUAUAUAUUUUAAUAAAGCUGUUUAUUCGACUAGCAUUAUAUGUUGCUUUAGUGAAGAACAGAGCGCCUUCCAACAUGACCGUGCAGUCUUGGAAAAGAACUGAGAAUUUUUUUGUAGUUUUUUUUUUGCAUUUCCCAUAUCAAUUUGGACAUGGGCCAAAGUCUCUGGCCUCCCAACUGUUGCCCCUUACUAAACGGAAACAGAUACAUUUUCUCCCUAACACUAAUUAGUAUUAGGUGAGUGCAAUCCUUCACUACGCUAUAAAUAGAGAGAGAUAAUGGAGCUGAAAAUAAUAGUGUGCCCAAAUGGCAGCGCUGAACUGGUUGUGCCGGAAUUUACUAUUGCAAGGUAAAUGCUUACCUUUAUUGACCCCCUUUUAGCCUUUUUUCCCCUAUCAUACAUGUCUACUCUUACUUAAGAAAUCUUCAUGUGCACAGAUUAAUGUCCCCCCCCAAUCUCGACUAGGCACUGUGAGAUAUGAUUCAUAUGGUUCAGACGAACAAAUGUUGCACGUUUCCAAGGAAUAUGUGUGUAACAUUAAAAUGUAAUGGUUUUUUUAGAACAGGGGUCUCAAAGUACAAGUCUUCUAAAUACUUUAUUGCAGCCCAGAGCCACCCCAUUCCUCUCUAUAUCCCGAACCGACAGUGUGUGUAGUCAGCAAAAGGACUGCGAUCACACCCAUUUGCCGUGCUUGAGAUGUCUGUCCAGCUGGGGAGCAAUGUUUACUAAUGAGGCUUGCAGGAGCACACAUCACAAUUAAAGUUCUGGCUUUUGGCAGCCACGUGCUAGAACUUCAGUGAUUAGCUCAGCCGUGCUACAGGUGCCGAGGAGGAAGUGUUCUAUUAUACGUGGUGUGUAGAUGUGUGUGAGACAGUGUGAGUAUCUGUGUGUAUGGUAUUACUGGUUUGUGUGUACAAGUGCACAUCUGGCAAUAUGGAUCUUGGAAGACAAGUGCCUGGUAAAUUGACAUUGAGACCACUGCUUUAGAACCUCUUGCCAGAAUUUAUAUAAAUCAGUAAUAGAGCUAUCGAUUAGUAAAAUGAUAAAACAAUCAGAGGGAAUUUGAAUUUUAUAACAAGUCUAAACAAGAACUUUUGAAUUUUGUGAGUAAUUAGCAACCAUUGUGUACAAAGAUAAAUGGAAUGUAGAAACGUACUAUAUUAUGAAAAUGUUCUGUAAGCUCUUAUAAACAAGUACAUCAGAGUAAGUGUUUUGACUGGACUGGAAUUAAAAAUAUGCCUGACUUGUGGGUUCUCUCACUUAAAUAUGCUUUAUCAACACUUAAAUAGAAGUUAAGUUUAUUUUUGUACCUCAAUAUUUAUGUCUACAACCACAAGGCUGUGUUACAACUUACUAUUCCUAAUAGUGUUAUUAAUGGAUGUUUUUCUCUAUCACACAAAUAAAGACUGAACACUCCACACUCGGUCUCUGUUUUUAAAACUGUCAUUAGAAAGAUGUUACAAUAAAAUAAUCUGUUAUACUAUA